AUGUUCGACCAACUGAUGCUGGGAGCCGUUUUUGCCAGCCUCAGCACCAUUGGCCUCUGGCAUUCCAUUCCGUUGACCGGAAUCACUCCUUCCAACUCUUUCUUCUGGCGCAGUCUCAGCUCCUUGGAAAUUGCGUAUUCCAUUCACGAAUUGCGCAAAGUUCACCCUUUAGUCUUCCCCUAUGACGACGCAAUCUCAGAACACGACCUAAUUCUGCAACUUUCCGUCGAUGCUCAACAGUACGAAAAUGCCAGACUGGCCCUGGAACACUCGGCUGAAGCGGCAUCAGUACACGUCGACAUCCCAGGAGUUACAGCAACAAUGUUAGGGCCGAGUGCCAUAGCGAUGUCAACCUCGGUCUAUUUGAACGACGGCUCGGCAGCUGAGCGUACAUACGAGGAACUGCAGCAGUCCGACGCGGCCCAGAGUAAAACGCUGUAUUUCACUGUCACGGCUACUCUCUUUUUGCUUAUUCUCGCAAUGCAGAUAAUAGCCCUUGGGAUGACGAAUAACAUCAAGCAGCACGUCGAGGACAUGCAAUAUGACUAUUUCGUCCGAAUGAGCGGCGUGCAACAACAAUUCGGCACCUUGAUGUUGGAGAUCCGACAAUUUCGAACAGAAAAUGAACAAGUACGGCCUGUUUUCGUUCACCUGGCGGAGUCCAUCACAAACGCCUCGGCCGACCUCCAACAUUGUUUGUUGCAUGUUGUGGGUAUGAUGGAAAACAAGUACACCUCUGGGAUGAUUACGAUUGAGUCCAAACUGGACGAGGUCAGUCAGCAGCACCAAAAUCUGAUGAGAAAUACUGAAAGUUUCCCUCAGAUUCCGAGACAGCUAGCUUGGCUCAACAUACUAAUGGCGAAGAACAUGUCCGACGACCUAACCGAAGGAGUGCAACUCGACCAGCCCAAUUUGGACUUGUGCAGGAGCCCUAGCACUACCGAGACCAAUGGAGCUUCCAACCACAACACCGCGAGGCAAACCAACGGAAUUUCCACCUCCGAGGGAGCUGUGGGUCUUAAGAAUGGGAAAGGAGGGUUAGUUCAGUGCAAUGGUCAGGAGAGUUGGGGUUGA